AUGCCUGGUGUUUCUCCGCGCAACUCGCACUUUGCAGCCCAGGCGACGCCAUACCAGCCUUUAGUGCUACAGACAGGAGGCCACGAGCUUGCACGCUGGGAAAAGUGCCUUGAAAUUGGGCGUGUGGUGUCCUAUGUCUUGGGUUCGGUGCUCUUCCUAAUCGGCUCCAUCUUCUUCUACCCCGAGCUCACAGUCAUGUGGAACGCCAAAGCUGGUCUAUUUGCCAGCUGGACCUUCGUGGUUGGCUGCAUCUUGUUCGUCCUAGGCGCCAACAUCGACUAUAUCCAGGUCAUCCGGCACAACCACGGCUCGCAGCUGCGUCAAGUCUUGCGUGCAUUCAAUGCACUAGGCAACUACAUGGCGUCAUGCAUCUUCCUCCUCGGUGCGCUCUACUUCCUCCCCACUUGGUACCUAAAGGCACCGGAGCUCGGCUGCUGGUCAUUUAUCAUCGGCUGCGCCAUCUUCUGUGUCACUGCUGUCGUUGAGAUCAUCUUCAUCUGCAUGACGCACGAGGACCCGCGCGUGGUUGGCUUCAAGCUCAAGAACGUUUUUUGCUGGGCAUUUGUCGUGUCAGUAGCCACGUUUUUCGGUGCCUUCCUCUUCAUUCUCGGCAGCUGGUACUACCUGCCUCGAUACAUCAACCGCAUCGACGAUGGUGUGUACUAUAUGAACAAGGCCAUUACGCUCUACGUUGUCGGGUGCGUCUGCUUCGUCAUUAGCGGUCUUGCUCUCAUUCCGGACGUUUACCGCACGAUCAAAGUGCGCGCACCGAAAUGUGACGAGGAUAGCAAGGUGUAA